GUUUGACUCGAUGUAUAAAAAGUGUUUCGUUUUUGGCAUUCAUUUGGAAUUCAUUUCAAACUUUAAUUCAUUUCUAAAUUUAUUUUGUAAUCAAUUUCUCAAUUAAUUAUCGCUUUCUUGAGAUCACAUCACAAGACAAUGAACCCGAUGUCCAACUCGUGGCCACUUCUGUGGCUCACAAUCCUAUUGGUGUGUCAGUUGUGGCGAUCGACUCAUUGUCUGCGCGAAGGCCAGUGCGAAGUGUGUGUGGGAGUCAUAAACAAACUGAUCAAUCGUUUGGAGGACAAGGAGAAGAGCGAUCACCUCUUGAUUGAAUCCAAGUUCAAAGACCUGUGCUUAGAGUCGAAGAAGUCGGAGAACCGAUUCUGCUAUUAUAUCGGAGGACUGGAAGAGUCGGCGACGAAGAUCUUGGGUGAGAUGUCGCGACCGCUGAGUUGGGGACUUCCGGCCGAUAAGGUGUGCGAAAAGCUGAUGAAAAAGGACUCUCAGAUCUGCGAACUCCGAUACGAGAAGACAAUAGACUUGAAAUCCGUGGACCUGAAGAAACUGCGGGUCCGGGACCUGAAGAAAGUGCUCAACGAUUGGGACGAAGUCUGUGACGGAUGUAUCGAAAAGUCGGAAUUCAUUCAAAGGAUAGAAGAACUGAAACCCAAAUACAUUAGAGAAGAACUUUGAUAAUUAGUUUACUAUUUAUUUUAGUCAUUAGUUUUUUAAAUAAAUUAAUAUUAAAAUUGUUUUUCUGCGACACAUCUUCACGAACGGGACGUUUCAUCACAUCUUGUCUUUAAUACAAAACCAAAUUAAUAACUAUUUUUGCAAAAUAUAUUUGUAUUUAAGUUAAUAAAUAAUUUUUUUAGUGAA